AUGUUGGACUUUGGAAUGGGUGGCACUGACAAUGUCUUGGGCCAACAAGACCUGAUGAUUCCUGCGGAGUUCAUCCAGUGGGCAGCCGGUGAGUGUACUUUCUCUCUCUCUCAAGACUCGGCCGGUAGGCUGGACGGGAAAACGAACCGACAUAAUCCAGAUAUUCAGCAGCAGCAGCUGCUCGCCUCAAUUCCUGGCGGCUCUUCGACGCCGACAAACUCGGAGACUGAAUCCACGGCGGCGAGCGACCAGACGUACGGAACUGCCUCGCCGCCACCGCCACCCUUACAGCAGCAGCACAUCCCGCUCCUCGAGGCCUUUCCGCCCAUCCAGCCUCAACACCAAGAGUACAACCCUCUGUACCCUCCGCUGCAGCCUUACUUGUUCGAUCCGCAAUUCAACCCUCCGCUCAACGCCCAGCUCAACACCCAGUUCGACACCCAGCUCGACCAGCAGUUCAACCCGCAGUUCAACCCACAGUUCGACCUCCAGUUAAACCCCCAGUUCGGAGUCCAGUUCCCCAUACCGCCGGUUCUUCAACCCCCUCAACCCCCCGUCCAGCCGCCGCAGCCUCAGCCUCAGCACAACCCAGCCCUCCCUCAGCUCCCGGACCCGCACUAUGUCCCACCUCCUGGUGACGACCCACUGGCAACCCUCCAGUGGCUCAGGAGCCAGGUCUUCCGUACCAACAUCGGCCAGCAGCUCGAAGACCAGGACCGGGCUCUCCGCCGUCUGAGAGAGUCUGUGGCGAAGGCCAACGGCGGGCUGUUCCAGCAGCCCAUUCAGCCGCUCUUACCCGCGCCACUUCUGCAGCCCGGUCAGAACCACAACCAGCAGCUUCCCGGGCCGCCCCUGUACACCUACGAGGCGGACCACAACCUCAUCCGCCCCGACGCCAACCAUGUGGACGCGUCUGAGAAGUACUUUCACCUCCUUUCGCGUCUUCAGGAGUCUACCUGGCGCAACGAAGUGGCCGUGGAGCUGGUUGCUCAGCGCCAGCAGCUCGAGACUUUGGCCCAGCAGUUCCAGGCGCUGAUGGCGGAAGUAGAGCGGGACCGGCCGUUGGUUCAGUUGUUGAGGGAAGCUGAUGCUCAGGCCAAGCAGCAGCUGGACGGCCAACCCGCACAGCAGGCCGAGCAGCAAGUGUAUCAACUGGAGGGCGUUAUCAGCUUGCCAGGCGAGCUGCCGACCAGCGUGUUCUACACCGACUUCCGGGGUCAAUGGAUCACGGGACCCUGUGCUUGGACAAAGCUCUAG